GCAGGUUGAAUCUAUUGCCCCUAUUUCCUGUCACAUGGGUUGGAAAUAGGAUCCCUGCUUUCUACUAUCUGGUCUCGUCUUUGUGGUGUCAGUGUAGUUGCGGGACCUGCCUUGAAGUUCAGGGACUUUUAACGCGGCCGAGGAGCGACUCCUGCACAAACCCGGUGUGCCGCUCGCCCUGCGCAUCCGUCCGCCAGACUCCAGUCCACCUGAGACCCGCCGAGACUUUAAUAAGCGAUGGAUUCCUGGACAGUCACCUCUGCCGUUCUCCUCGCUGGGUUUAUUUCGUCGGCAGCUUUCAGUCAUUUCGACACCGAGUGCUUCACUGCCAACGGAGAGGACUACAGGGGUUUCCAGAACCAGACCAGCUUACAUGGGGGAAAGCCCUGCCUCUACUGGAAUGAGACCUUCCAGCACCCGUACAACACCCUCAAGUACCCCAAUGGAGAGGGGGGUUUGGGCAGCCACAACUACUGCAGGAAUCCCGACGGGGACGUGCAGCCUUGGUGCUACAUUGCCGAUCACGAGGACGGGAUCUACUGGAGAUACUGCGACAUCCCUACCUGCCAGAUGCCUGGGAACCUGGGCUGCUUCAAAGACAGCGGCGACCCCCCCACGCUGUCAGGAACCAGCGAGACCUCCAACAAACUCACCAUCCAGAACUGCAUUAGCUUUUGCAGGAAGCAGAGAUACAAGCUUGCUGGCAUGGAGUCGGGUUAUGCCUGUUUCUGUGGCAACGAACUGGACUUGCAUGACCAUGGUGAGGCACCCAGCAUGGAGUGUAACCAUGUAUGCUUCGGCGACCACACCCAGCCCUGCGGUGGAGACGGAUGGGUCAUCAUCUUCGACACUCGAGUAGGGGCCUGUGGAGGAAACUACACAUCUCCGUCGGGUGUGAUCUAUUCCCCUGACUUCCCGGACAAGUACGGGGCUGGCCGAGUUUGCUACUGGACCAUCCAGGUGCCUGGAUCCUCUGCCAUCCUCUUCAACUUCACCUUCUUCGACAUCUCCGACCAGACUGACAUGGUGGAGCUACUGGACGGCUACACCAACCAAGUGGUGGCGCGCUUCGAUGGGCGCACCCCGCCGCGGGAGCUGGUCAACAUCACCACUGACUUCGUCAUACUCUACUUCUACUCAGACCGCACCAACCAGGCCCAGGGAUUCGCCAUGCUUUACCAAGCGCUGAGAGGCCAAGACGCCAGAACCAUAGAGGUGAACGAGGACGAGGACGAGGGAGAGGAGAUCUCCAGCACGGCGGGGCCUCAGCUGGCCGGCGGCGUCACCGAGAGGUCGAACAGCACCUCCAAUGGACGCUCCUCCCAGAUCCUCUAUGUGAUCACGUCCAGCCCCGGUAAACCGGAGCACAACAUGCCAGGUCAGUGGGCUGGACGCAGCGAGACCACCGGCCACAGCGCUAUGUGGACCAUCUACGCCCUGGCGGCCCUCCUCACACUGACCGUGAUAGCUAUGGUGGCCAAGCUGCUACUGCAUAUUACAGUCAAGUCGCCCAGCAUCCCGACCGUCAGCGGUUCGGACAGCUGCAGCCAGAGCACGGCGUCCUCGGAGCCCUGGAUCAUCCUGUACCGGCCCUCCACCAUCUCCCUCUUCAAGAAGAAGCUAAAGAACCACCACGGCGACCUCAGCCCCCUGGUGGGGAACUAGGGUUACUUCACCUCACUGUUACCACCGCUACCGCCACCCACCACUACUCUGUACCGGGGCCGUCAGAUGCCAGGCCCUCAGACAACGAAACUCUAUGAGGCGCUAAGCUAACAAGCCAAUGACUGACUGAGUGGCUAAUGACGACUGACUGAGUGACUGCUACCAAAUAGCCCGUGGGCCCGGAAGGCUGGGCCCUCCCAUCCUACUCAGCACCAAAGAAGAGGAGACAGGCAGGGCUGUCAGUGUCUGUGGUGUGGGAGAGGAGAGGAAAGGGUAGAAAGCAGGAAGAUCUACAGCUCUGAGAAGAACGAGGACACUUUCGAUGUGCAGAGGGUUUCUCUGGUUCCCUUAGGCUCCAUCUCCAUCAUCCACCAACAUCCUGAAUAAUCAGUGGUCAAAGCAUUUGCCUCCAAAAACCAUUACAGACCACAGACUCACUGCUGAAAGCACAUCACAGCCAGGCACAAAAUGGUGGACUUCGCUGUCCCUAAUCAUUUUAGUAAACAGGGAGUUGUGCCUCUUUCCAGGUGCUUCAGAAUCACAGUGGAAACCAAAUGUUCAUCGAUAUCAAGAGGAGGAUGCAGAAGAUAAACAGAGUCUUUGAUACGCAUACACACAAACACACACAUGCAGGAUAUAAAUACAUGCACAGUGUAAACACUUAACAGUUUUAUAAGUCUUCUUACUGCCUCAUACGGACGAUCAACACUUGCAGCCAAAACCAGAAACCUCCCAUCCAAAGAUUUGCAUUUUUUUUUUUUCAUGUGUGCGGACCGACUCUUGGGUCCGUAUGCAGGGCGCUACUGUUUCUCCUGAUGUGUUUUACACUGCGGCUGACUCUCCGAGGAGAGAGGAGCAGGACACGACCAAGUCUUAAAGAACGUAGACAUCGCAGCAGCACUUUGGGGAUGAAUCACCGGCUGUAAAUGAAAAGAUCAGAGAGAAAGAGAGCGCACCCACUCGUUCAGUCAACGCUCAUGUGGAUUUGGGUGGAGAGAAGAAAUAGCAUCGUUCACCGGGGGGGUUGGGUGGUGCAGUUUGUAGACAACUGCCAUUUAGCGGGACUCGGGAAGAUCUGAGGGUUUUUCUCUGCUCGGCUGUGGGUGGGAGUCUUUCCGGUUUGAUGGUGUUCAAGUGCCUUAAGGAUCUUCUUUUCCCGUGUCUCAGAUUCCUCAGAUCCGUUUCUUCCACGAAGCCGGCUGGAUUCCUCAGAAGCGUGUGCACUUCUUUCAAAACUGGCGUCAUUAGGAUGUGAAGGGUUUCAUUCCAAAAUGAGAUAUCCACCGCUUGAAAAAAAAAAAAAGAAAGAAAAGAAAAGAAAAAGUGACAUGUCAUCUUGUAAAACGUUUGAAAGCAUCAAAUCAAAACGAAUCAUAGUCAUUUUUUAAAAGAUAGUAGAUAACCGAGCUCCUUUCUCAACUAAGUAAUUACACUUUUACAGACUGGAUCUUUUAUAUUUUACAGAUAUUGAAUGAGACAGACUUGAGAUUAUGAUUUGUUUGUUUUUCCCAAAAUGAAUAUACAGCCUUUUGGACCACAACUCUUCAUGUAGAAGCAGACAAGGCUUUAAAAGAAACUUUCAUUUUCGUUUCUUAUUUCUGUGUGCUCUUAUGUGUAGUCUUGGACAUUUACUGAACAUAUUGUUCACAUUAAGUUGUCUUCUGAUUACAGGGGAGGGGGGGUGAAUAUUGUUGUAUAUUAUGUAAUUCAGUGUGGGAAUGAUGACAUUUAUGUGCGCUCUUUCAUUUGGUGUCUCGCUAAAGCAUUUGGGAGCAAUGCAAUCUUUUUUUUUUUUUUUUUUUUCCUCUUAGCAGUAAAUUGCCUGUAUUCGCAGGACACAGCAGACCUAAACCUUUUACUUGUCACUUUGAUUUCAGCCCGAAAGGUUGAGCGCAAACAAUACACCCAGACGGAAAUAUAACCAAAAGCACUCAAUGGUACUAUGCAGAAGCUGACAACAAGUUUGGAGUCGUGAUAGUUCUGUGCAUUGCGGUGACAUUUAAACUAGUUGUGAAAGGUCAAAAUGUACUGGUGUGCCAUUGGCAUCGUAAUUGGCCCUUCUCGCCAUGGGACAAGAAGUUGGUGUGUUUUUAGAGAUUGUUACCCCGUACAAUCCUCAAAUCACUGUCAAGAUAAAUAAAUAGGUCCCAAAAAGUCCAUGCACUUAGAUUUGCCUCUACUUGCAAGGCGAAGCGGUACUUAAUUCACUUCGGCACUCAGUCCAAGUGGAGG